CGGAUCCCGGGUCAUGGCUGUCCCGGCCGCCGCGCCCGGGGCCGGCUCGAGGUCCAAAUUAGGUCUGCAAUUUCUCCAGCGGUUUUUGCAGAUACAGAAGGUUUUGUUCCCAUCUUGGUCAUCAGAGAAUGUCUUGAUGUUCUUGACCCUUCUUUGUGUGGCCCUGCUGGAACAACUGGUGAUCUACCAGGUGGGCUUGAUCCCCAGUCAGUUCUACCAGGUCCUGGGGAGCAAAGACUUGAAUGGCUUUAAGAGGCUGACUUUCCUGGCUGUUGUGCUCAUUGUUCUCAAUGCCACGCUCAAGAGCUUUGACCAGUUCACCUGCAACCUGCUGUACGUGAGCUGGAGGAAAGGCCUCACCGAGCACCUCCAUCGCCUCUACUUCCGGGGUCGCGUGUACUACACCCUCAACGUGCUGCGGGAUGACAUCGAUAACCCGGACCAGCGCAUCAGCCAGGAUGUGGAGCGGUUCUGCCGGCAGCUCAGCAGCAUGGCCAGGCAACUGAUUAUCUCCCCCUUCACCCUUGUCUACUACACUUACCAGUGCUUCCAAAGCACAGGUUGGCUGGGGCCUGUGAGCAUCUUCGGGUAUUUCAUCCUGGGGACCAUGGUGAACAAACUUUUGAUGGGCCCCAUUGUGGCGAAGUUGGUGCAGCAGGAGAAGCUAGAGGGGGAUUUCAGGUUCAAGCACAUGCAGAUCCGGGUCAAUGCAGAGCCUGCUGCUUUCUACAGGGCUGGGCACGUGGAGCACAUGAGGACAGAUCGAAGGCUGCAGAGGCUCCUGCAGACCCAGAGGGAGCUGAUGUCCAGGGAGCUCUGGCUCUACAUUGGCGUAAACACAUUUGACUAUCUGGGCAGCAUCCUGAGCUAUGUUGUCAUUGCAAUCCCCAUCUUCAGUGGGGUGUAUGGAGACCUGAGCCCCACAGAGCUUAGUACCCUGGUCAGCAAGAAUGCCUUUGUGUGCAUCUACCUCAUCAGCUGCUUCACCCGACUCAUAGAUCUCUCCACUACGCUCACCGACGUGGCCGGCUAUACCCACCGGAUUGGGGAGCUGCAGGAGACCCUGCUGGACAUGUCCCUGAAGUCACAGGACUCUGAGGACCUGGACGAGAGCAAAUGGGACAUGGACAUGGCGCCGGGGUGGCCUGCAGAGCUAGCAGACACAGCUUUUGCCCUGGAGCGAGUCUCCAUCUCGGCCCCCUCCUCGGACAAGCCCUUAAUCAAGGACCUGGGCCUGAAGAUCUCCGAGGGCCAGAACCUGCUCAUCACGGGCAACACGGGCACUGGCAAGACCUCCUUGCUGCGUGUGCUCGGUGGCCUCUGGGAGAGCACUCGGGGCUCAGUGCAGAUGCUGACAGACUUCGGACCCCACGGGGUGCUCUUCCUGCCUCAGAAGCCCUUCUUCACUGAUGGCACCCUUCGUGAGCAGGUGAUUUAUCCCCUGAAGGAGAUCUACCCAGACUCAGGCUCUGCUGAUGAUGAGAGGAUUGUGCGGUUCUUGGAGUUGGCAGGCCUUUCCAGCUUGGUGACAAGGACAGGGGGCCUGGACCAGCAGGUCGAUUGGAACUGGUAUGACGUUCUGUCUCCAGGAGAGAUGCAGAGGCUCUCCUUCACUCGGCUCUUCUACCUGCAGCCCAAGUUUGCAGUGCUUGAUGAAGCCACCAGUGCCCUGACAGAGGAGGUAGAGAGUGAGCUGUACCGCAUCUGCCAUCAGCUGGGCAUGACGUGCAUCAGCGUGGGGCAUCGGCGUAGCCUUGAAAAGUUUCAUUCCUGGGUUCUGAAACUCUGUGGAGGAGGCAAAUGGGAGCUGACCAGAACCAAGGGAGAAUGA